ACACAAGCAUGGGAAAAAGUGUGUAAACCCUGUACAAUGAAGAUCUGUGAAGUUAUUUGGAUUUUUACGAAUUAUCUUUGAAAGGCAGGGUCCUGAAAAAGGGACGUUUCUUUUUUUGCUGAGUUUAUUAUGUUCUCUUCCUCCGACUUUUAACUGAGAAAAAAUUGGGGGGCGGCAGAUUUUUGACUCUUCUCGGGCGACAGAAAGUCGAGGACCGGUACUGAUUGUCACGAUACAACCUGGCCACACACAGACUCAAGAUCAGCUUGGAUGAAUUUAUUUUACAGUAGCUGUAGUUCACAAACUGACCCAGCGAGUGCAGUGAACUGCGCAUCUGCUAUCGGAAACCAAAAGCGUUUAUAGCAACCGGACUGACUGCAGUUGUGGGUGAGAGCCAAGCAAAUAUAGCUAGCAAGGCAACAACAAUUUAUUGAAUUCAAGUCGUCGUUUUGUGAAAUAUGAUUAGACUUCUUGUUACAUUGAUGAAAAGCGUGGAUAUUAGUCUCCUCUUGUUGUGAUUUAUGAUAUAAACGAGAGUGUUAAACGCUAGCAAGUCCAGCUAGGAGACGUAACGGUACUAGCUAACGUUAGCUGAACGUGGAGACAGGACAAUCCAUCGUUCGUUAGCUAGCUAACGUUCACUUACAUGGCUAGCUCGCUAAGUUAGCUUUACAAAUUGUUGAAACGAUUUGAUUGUUACUACGUUACAGUUUAUUAUAGCUUGUUAUAUUUCGUUUGGUCCAUAAAAGGAAAAACACAGGACCUAUUCUCUUUCAUUGCGCAGCAAUUGUAUUUUGUUUUCGUCUCGUGCUGUUUGUUGCCUGUUGCAGCUGCAAGAGCCAGACGGUCAUGUAACUGGAUGCAGGAGGUGUUUAAAGUGAUCCAGUGACAUCCCUGCUAAAGCAACACCAGACUGCUUGGAAGUGUGAGGAAAGCCCAGCAACACGCAGCCAUGUUGGAGGAGGACAUGGAAGUGGCCAUCAAGGUGGUGGUGGUGGGCGACGGUGCGGUGGGGAAGUCCAGCAUGAUCCAGCGUUACUGCAAGGGCAUCUUCACCAAGGACUACAAGAAGACCAUCGGUGUUGACUUCCUGGAGAGACAGCUACUAGUGAAUGAUGAAGACGUGAGAUUGAUGUUGUGGGACACGGCAGGGCAGGAAGAGUUUGACGCCAUCACCAAGGCCUACUACCGCGGUGCCCAGGCGUGUGUACUGGUCUUCUCCACCACCGACAGGCAGUCGUUUGAGGCCAUCGGCAGCUGGUGGGAGAAGGUGGAGAUAGAGGUGGGAGACAUCCCCGCUGUCCUGGUGCAGAACAAGAUUGACCUUCUGGAUGACACGGUGAUCAAAAAUGAGGAGGCAGAAGGUCUGGCCAAGAAGCUCAAGUUAAGGUUUUACCGAACCUCCGUAAAGGAGGACCUCAAUGUCAAUGAAGUUUUCAAAUACCUAGCAGAUAAGUAUCUGCAGCGACUGAAGCGGCAAACAGCAGAAGAGCCUGAGGUAGUCCAUACAACUAGCAAUAAAAUGGGAGUUUUCAACACCACAAGUAGUAACUUAUCUAGUCAGAACUCCAGCAACGGCCGAGAAGUCAUCAGCUUGCGACCCAACAAACAGAGGACAAAGAAAAGCAAAAACCCCUUUGGUAGCUGCAGCCUUCUUUAGAAUCAAUCCAUUCCCUACAAUAAUGUACGAUUUGACUGCCAUGUGUGAGUGUCAGAGUCUAUACAUUUACAUUUGAGCAUAACCUACAGGUGUAGGUCUUAAUUUGAUCCCUCUUUUGUUGCUGAGAAUUUCCCUGCAAAUGACCUUCAUGAUGGACAUAAAUUCACAGAAAAUCUACACUUAUAACACAGUUAUAUUAACAGUAUUGCACUUCAUGUAGCCUAAUUUUGCCCAGCUAAUAGUCUAACCACAGAACAAGCCACACUAAAAGCUCAAAUCCUGUUGCUGCAGGAUUAUUUUUGCUCUGACAAUACUGGUCAAAUGAAGAUCCAACAUCUGUAAAUCUAAUAUGCACCUGAGUAUUGUGACUACCAUGCCUUUGAGCAUCUUUACAGAUCAAGUGCAGCCUUUGUUUCUCAUGGGUAGAUGUAUGAAAUAUAAAGCGAGAGUAACAAUAGUUGUCCUGGUGGCUGUAGUGGGUACUACACGGACGCUAUGUUGUAGCAUGAAUGUAAUGCUUGAAGCAGAUCUUUUGAGAAAUAGUAGUUGGGUGUGACAGGGUUCUCCCAUUUACACCCUUCAACAUGGUGUAGGGAAGGGUUACAUUCUAGUUCACUAACAAGGUGUUCAUGUUCAUAUUAUGUGAUUUUUAUAGAUUACCAUUUGUGCAUUUGACUGUUCAUCUGUGCAAUCUGUUUGUAUUGUAAGAAAUAUACAGAUUACUUUCUACCAUAUUUGUUCUAAAAUAUUAAGGGAAUAUGGUUCAAUAUACUGAGUGUACAAAACAUUAGGAACACCUUCCUAAUAUUAAGUUUCGCCUCCUUUUGCCCUCAGAAAGUGGUUAAUUUGUCGGGGCAUGGACUCUACAAGGUGUCAAAAGCAUUCCACAGGGAUGCUGGCCCAUGUUGACUCCAAUGUUUCCCACAGUUGUGUCAAGUUGCUUGAAUGUCCUUUGGAUGGUGGACCAUUCUUGAUAAAACAUAGGAAACUGUUGAGCAUGAAAAACCCAGAAGCAUUGCAGUUCUUGACACACUCAAACCGGUGCCCUAUCAAAGGCACUUAAAUAUUUUUGUGUCUUGCCCAUUCACCCUCUGGAUGGCACACAUACACAAUCCAUGUCUCAAGGCUUAAAAAUCCUUCUAUAACCUGUCUCCUCACCUGGUCAGUCUGUCAUGAAAAUGUUUUGUACACUCGGUGUAUAUCAUGAAUAAAGACUAAGGGCUCUAUUUUAACAAGGCUAACACAAUGGUAAGUCUUAGUGCUGGCAGUGGCGUUAUGGGUUCGGGAUGUCAUAUUUUUGUUAUUUUCACUACCGGAAUUAUUGGCGCAGUAGCUGGCUUUUGGUGCGAAAGAGCAGGAUUUUGAUGAAUAAACAUUUUGUUGGUGUGUCGAGGCUUGGCCCCUCACCGGCCAAUCAGAAUGUGCUCCAUGGCUAAAUAUGUGUUGGCUUCAAGUUGUGUGUUUACGCUAUUUUAUGUGUUAAACCAAAAACAUUGUUUCUAAAUAGGAUCGGGUCAGAAGCAUGAUAUCAUACAUGGCUUCUCGUUCCAUGGCACUGUGCACACGUGGUCUAAAUGUCUUUACACACAACAUUCUGAUGUCUAUACAAAAUACUAGGCUCCUGUCAAUUGUAUCGUUGCCUAUGUUGCAGGCUGAUUCUCAAAUAAAUCUGCCGUUAUGUCAAUAUAGGAGGACUGAAUAGUUUGGAGGAGUGUGGCUUUGGUAAUCAGACGAGGGGUGUUCUUUGAAAAUGGGGAUGGAUAGCCUACUUGAACAAGCAAAAUGCUGGUAUGUGAAUAGUGAAAAAGCAUUAGGGCAAAAACCUCAUAUUUCAAAGCACUCUCAGACUAUUUAAAAUUGCUUUAUUCAUACUAAUUUUGGCUAAUGGCCAUUGCAUGAGCGUUAAGAUAUUUUUACAUUUUAGUCAUUUAGCAGACGCUCUUAUCCAGAGCGACUUACAGGAGCAAUUAGGGUUAAGUGCCUUGCUCAAGGGAACAUCGACCGUUUAUUUUACCCAGUCGUCUCGGGGAUUCAAACCAGCAACCUUUCAGUUACUGGCCCAACACUCCCACUAGGCUACCUGCCGCUACACCUGCUUUUUGUGGGUCUUUAAACUUCCCCAUAGCACUGCAUGAAAUUGUUUUUAAGGACACUCCUCAAAUAUUGCCGCCCAUCCCACCUCGGCACAAGCAACUGAUGUUAGGCAGUUAAAUUGCCGAACCUAGCGUUAGGGCUGGGAAAAUGCUAGUGCAACAGUUUUUACAUGACGCAACUAAUGUGCGUUUGAUGCUUGCACCUCAACGCCAGCCAACAAUAGAAACCUACGAGAUUCAGACAUAUUUGUUCAUUCUUUUCUGAAAGGUAUUUUUAUAUGUAUCUUAACAAUGAGCUGCUUAACACCUUCGUUAACAUAGUGCCAAAUAGUUUAUAAUGCUUAUUUAAUUGUAAGAAAUGUACAUAUUUUAAAGAAAAAGGUUGGAGGGAUUUUGCAGUUUUGAGAAUAUUGAAUUACAAUUGACUAGAAGAGUGUGCUGUUAUAUGACCAAAUACUAUUUGAGAUUCGCACAAUAGGCCCUCUACUGAGACACAAACUUAUACAAUGUUGUGAACUUACAGGAUGGAUGAGCCAGUGAAGAGAAUUUUGCUACACAGAACAUACAAAUCAAUAAUAUCCCUCUUUAUCUGGUUAGCGCACACAAUUCAUGCACAGGUGUUUGUACUGGUCAUUGUAACUGGCCAACUACUUGGUCUAACACUUUCAUAGGGUACUAGCAAUUGAAAUUGUUUACAUAUUGCUACAUUUGAAAAUGUGCUUUUGUGUUUCUACUGUGGUACAAUCAAUGGUAACAUCUUUAAUGUGCUCAUAUUUGAGUCAAUUUAUAUUUGUUACAUUUUAUAUUUGUUACGUUAAUUUCGGGAGAAAUAAACACUUGUUUACUAAAGAAAUAUCAAAUGUUUAAGUGAAAACAGAUCUCAAUGAAUGGUGUCUUGAUUGAGUGUUCUAACGUUAUGAACAGAACUCUCGCUCUGAGGAGUGCUUUGUAAUGGCUUAAUUUUCUCGCCUACUCAUCAUGCUUGGAUAAUGUUCUGUUACUACUCUCUAACCGAUGUUGACUUUUUCUGAGGCAAGACCUGUUUUUGCUCUCAUUUCACUGUAAGACAAACAGGAAAGUCUCAUUAUUGUCUCUAUACUGUCCUCUUCAUAAUAACUUUUAGUUACCCAUUAACACUUGACAAAUCAAAAUGGCCCCCAUGUUAAGUACAUUCUACUGUAUAUAUAUAUAUAUAUAUAUAUAUAAAAAAAGUACUCUAUUAAUUUAGCCUGUCUUCAGUAAAUGUUGCAUGCUUGCCUUAUGUUUUUUUGUUUCUUCAUGUGAAGGAAUGUGGAACCACGGUCCAAUGCCACAAUGCCUUGUCCAUGUAUGUUUACAUCCUCAUUCUUAAACACAACUAUUUUGUUUUAAAGAUGCCUGCUCAGUGAAUAUUGUAAAUCACACUCCAUCCCUUUAUAACAGUUGCUGUUUAUAAACAUGUGUUAUGGUUUAUUUUUGUCUCCUGAAAAUACAAUGUUUAUAGUGACCAAUGAAUUAAUUUAUAAUUCAGUCAGUUACCAUUCUUAGAAAAUCUAUGGUCAAGUGCUCUUUCACUCAGGCGUUUGUGAGAAUCACUGUAAUCCAUUCUAAUGUUACAAUGUUAUUACAUUUAGCAGAUGGCUUUUUGAAAUACGGCAUACUGCUUCCACGGACUUUAAUGUUUGAACCCAGAUGUGCCAGUCUGUUUCUGCUUUCUUGCCAACUCCUUAGCAGGUUGACAUUUAUUGUCAUGAAUCUUGAGGCAGCUAUGCUGUGGUCACUAGCUAGCACAGCCACAAAGUCAUAAAAUCUGAUUUUAAACCUUAACCAAACUGCUAACCCUAAUCUUAAAUUACAACCAGGGCAAGAUUCAUAACCCUAAACGUCAACCUGCAACUCCUCCUGGAAUUGUCAUGCCAAACAUGGUUUGUCAGCAUGGAGUAGACAAGGGCACAUGCAUACCUGGGUCCAGACUACAGACUUUAACUUUGUGUCACAAAAUUCUGACAAAAUGUAAGACUUAGUAGUAGGUGUAUAUCUCACCUAGUUUGUUCAUUUGUAUUACUUUGAUUUAACGGUUAUAAAGUGGCUCAAAGUGUGCCACACAUACUUGCACCUGCUCCUUUGUUGACAAUCUGUUUUGAUGAUGGUGAUCUAUAGCAUAAAUAAAAUAUCUAUUUUCA